AUGGAUAAUAAAUUAAGAUGUUAAAAAGAAGCUUACUUAUAGGAGGAGAUUAUAGAUAAAGGAAUUGAUCCUAAUCACUUUCAAGAGUUUUGCGAGAAGAUUAAGGGGGAAGAAAGCGAUAUUGACAAAUGGACUUUCGAAGAUAUUGUGUAGUUGGUCAACCAAUAUAAGAUAGAAUUUUUUACAACAGAUUUCGAUUAGCCAGUAGAUGAAAUGAUAAUUGGGUGGAAUGCAUUUGAUCAAGUCAUUCCAUAAAUGGAUAUAAAAAGCGAUCCUUAGAUGUGGAACUUAUUAGACUUAGAUCAUACAGGACCAUCUGCUGUCGUAGAGCAAUAGGAAGAUAAAAAAUAUGAUUAACCAUUUUAAUAAACUCAAAAACAAAUUUAGUAAAUUCAUUAACAAUAAACAUCAGAAAUUAAUUAAAGAGUCUCAGAAAAACUAGAUAUUUCCAACAUUGGUAAGCCAUUGUCGAUAUCACCAACUGCUCAAAAGCUGUAGGAAAUACAACAAUAAAUGCCUAAGAAAUAAGCCCCUGAAAUUUAUUCUUUUUCUCAAUGCUCAAAAUUAUAAUGCAAAAAAUUAGGUUUUAAUAUCUUUGCAAAAGGUGUGCCAUCUAUAAAAAUAACUGGUUUUGAAAAGAAAACAGAAGGAUUAUUUAAAAGUGAUUAUGUUGUAUAUAGUGUGAAAACAGGAGAUGAUUAUGUUGUAUAAAGAAGAUACUCGGAUUUCUAAUGGUUGUAACAAACACUUUUCAAAUUAUUCCCAGGAGUAGGCAUACCUAGUCUUUCAGAAAAAACAGCAAAGAAAACAGCAAAAAAUACAGUUCAAAAAAGAACAAUUAUACUAGAAUUUUUUUUGAAUGAGUUGGCAAAGAGUGAACUUUUCAGAAAUAGUAAGUAUUUUGUAGACUUUCUUCGUCUGAGUGAUCCUGCUUAAUUUAAACAACUUAUAAAGUUUGGAGAGAAACUAAGCAAACCAAAUAAAUUCGAAAGUCUUUUAAAUAUGACUGGCACUAUUAUCUUUGUACCAGAUAUUAAAUUGAAUAAUUUUGAAACUUAUAUUUAAUAAGAAGAACCAAUUUAUGUUAAAAUAAAAAAUCUGUUUAAAGUAAUCACACAUCAUUUAACAGCUAUAUCUAAAAUCAUUAAGGAAAUUGGGGAUUCUAUCUCAAAUUUAACAAAUUUAUGUUAAAAAUAUGAAAUUAAUCAAGAUUACGAUCCAUUAUAAGAAAUGACCAAAAAAUUAGAAGAAUAAAUAAUAAAGUGCAGCUCGAACUAGUACAAUAGAUUGUAUAAUAUGUUUCGUUAUCAAACUUUGAAUUUCACUUAAAUAAGAAAUAUUUUAAAGCAAAGAAAUGAAUUAUAGUCAGAAUUCUCUAAUAGAAAAGAUUUUAAGUUUGAACAGAUAAGUGAACUUUAUAGCUCAAGAGAAAAUGCUAAAUAAAUUGAUGAGCUAGAGUUCCCAGCUAAAAGUUCGAAACUUUUAGCUUAUCAAUUAGGCUAUAUGAACUGGAGAACUAUUGAGGAAAUUAAAACCUUUUUAGAGCAUCGUUAGAUAGGAUUUCAAACAUUUUCAUAAGAAGUAAUGAAUUGA